AUGUUUGACAGGAGCAUCAUGGAGGAAAACAGUCAAGAAAUCCAGUAUUGCUUUCCAAACAACAGUUUGUCAUGUUUCAAAGAAGUCAAACAUGAAGCGGAAUAUGCCAUUUUGUAUACAUUCAUUUCAUUAUUAUGCGUGUUCACUGUGUUUCUGAACCUGCUGGUGAUCAUCUCCAUCUCUCACUUCAAGAAACUUCACACUCCAACCAACCUGCUCAUUCUCUCUCUGGCUGUGGCCGACCUGAUUGUGGGACUUAUUGUUAUACCUUUAAUGGGCAUCACAUUCAUAGAAUCAUGCUGGUACUUUGGAGAGACGUUUUGUUCUUUAUUUUUAUUUAUUGCUUUUAUGGUUGUUUCAGCUUCUCUUGGUAAUUUAGUCUUUAUAUCUGUAGAUCGUUACAUUGCUGUGAGUGACCCUUUGAGAUACACAGUACGGGUCACAAUUGAUAAAGUUGUUUGUUGCAUUAUUAUAAACUGGCUAUGUUCAAGCAUAUAUUCUGUCAUUAUCUUAUAUAAUACUAUGUUUUACCCAGACACACAUAACAGAUGUUACGGAGACUGUUCAGUUUAUUUUAAAUUUGAACAUGUUGUCGCAGACCUCAUAGUCACUUUUGUUGCCCCUUCUUCUGUAAUCAUGUCUAUAUAUGUGAAAAUCUUCUGUGUUGCAAAACAUCAGGCCAAGGUUGUAAAUUCUGUUGCAGGGGCCAGCAGGUCACAAAGAAAGGCUGCAAAAACUUUGGGUAUUGUUGUAAUGGUUUACUUUAUGUGUUGGAUACCAUACUAUAUAGUCACUCUUAUUGAUGGAAAUGAGUCAUCGGUUGAAUUUAAUGUAACAUGCUGGAUUCUGUACAUGAAUUCUUGUAUGAAUCCACUUAUCUAUGCACUGUUUUAUAAAUGGUUUAGAAUAUCAGCCAAACACAUCGUGACUCUAAAAAUAUUGAAACCAUCAUCAGAAUAUUUCGAUAUAAGUUUUUAA